CCGCCCUCCCCCGCCCGGCCGGGCGCGCGCGGCGCGGAGCCGAUUACAUCAGCCCGGGCCUGGCCGGCCUCGUGUUCCCGGAGCCGCGGCUGCGGGAGCCGGGAGCUCGGGGCAGCGAGCGGCGCCCCUCCCCCCGCCUGCCCUCCGCGGGAAGGUGACCUCUCGAGGUAGCCCCAGCCCCAGGACCUGGAGAACCACCCAUACCCCGUUCCGCUGUCCCCAGUCUCUAUUCCUGCCUUGUGCCAGGAAGAAUUUUCUGACGCCCCUUCCCCCCGCCCUUUUUUCCCCUAUUUCCUCACUAGUGGGUAAAUUUGCCCUUUCCACCUUUUAUUUUUGACUUCUCUUUGCUGAGAAGACCCAUCCGACCCUCUCCGGCCCCACAGGCCCGGGAGAGAAAAGAACGGUAACUGUCAGAAGUGGAGGUUGCCAGAGACCCCCCCCCCACCAUGCUUUGUCAAAACUCUACCUGAAGUUCUGACUUGGUGGCCUUGUGUUUCCCUCCCCUCCUCAAUAGUUCCAAAUAGCUGUGCUUCAGCUUUUGGGGGGGUCAGAGAAGGGUAAAGACCCACAUCACCCCACUUUGCUCUUUUUGGAGAAGUGACUGGAAAUUUGCUGGGACAUGGAGCCUGGGAAUAGCCCUUCCUGCCCCAUCGGCAGGAGCCGCUGCCAGUCUUGUACACAUACUUUGUCCUGACAGAACCUGGUAUUGGAGCAGGUGGUUUUUUGGAACUCCAAACUUGCCUACCCAACUUGUUUCUCAAAGCCACUAAGGGGUCCUUUUCUAUCCCUCCCUUCCUGCCUUUCCUCAGAGUCCCCUUGGAGAGGAGGCAGAAGGAAGGAAAUAGGCAGGGGUCCCCGCCACCACCCAGAGUUGCUCAGACCCUGGCACAAAGGCCUUGGCUCCAGGCCUCCAAGUGGGGAGGAGGGGCAGAAGUGGCUGCUGGGCCACAGUGUGACCUUCAGAGGCCCCCAGAGAAGGGCACCUGGCCCCUCCCUGCCUAGAACCGCCCCUCCUGUGCCCCCUGGCCCUGGAGGGAGUAUGAAGUUUCUGUUCCCUUUCCUCCUUAGGGCUCAGGAGGAGGAGAGGGAGAAUGUCACCCCGUGGUCCCAGGCUGCGCCUAUGGCAGAAGGAGAGCAGAAAACCCGUGAAGUGGUGAGGUUCAUGGAUGUCUACCAGCGUAGCUACUGCCGUCCGAUUGAAACCCUGGUGGACAUCUUCCAGGAGUACCCUGAUGAGAUCGAGUACAUCUUCAAGCCGUCCUGUGUGCCCCUGAUGCGGUGUGGGGGCUGCUGCAAUGAUGAGGCCUUGGAGUGUAUACCCACCCAGGAGGCUAACAUCACCAUGCAGAUAAUGCGGAUCAAACCUCACCAAGGCCAGCACAUAGGAGAGAUGAGCUUCCUACAGCACAGCAAAUGUGAAUGCAGACCAAAGAAAGAUAGAGCAAGGCCGGAAAAAACAUCAGUUCGAGGAAAGGGAAAAGGGCAAAAGCGAAAGCGCAAGAAAUCCCGGUAUAAAUCCCGGAGCGUUCCCUGUGGGCCUUGCUCAGAGCGGAGAAAGCAUUUGUUUGUACAAGAUCCGCAGACGUGUAAAUGUUCCUGCAAAAACACAGACUCGCGUUGCAAGGCGAGGCAGCUUGAGUUAAACGAACGUACUUGCAGAUGUGACAAGCCAAGGCGGUGAGCCAGGUUGCAGGAAGGAGCCUCCCUCAGGGUUUCGGGAACCAGACCUCUCACCAGGAAAGAUUGAUCCAGCACGACCGACUACUACACCGCCACCAACACACCGUCACCAGUCACCGUUGACAGAACAGUCCUUAAUCCAGAAACCUGACAUGAAGGAAGAGGACACUGCGCAGAGCACUUUGGGUCCGGAGGAUGAGACUCCGGCAGAAGCAUUCCCGGGCGGGUGACCAGGCACGGUCCCUCUUGGAAUUGCAUUGGUCAUUUGAUUUUUCUUGCUGCUGCUAAAUCACCAAGCCCGGAAGAUUAGAGAAUUUUAUUUCUGGGAUUCCUGUAGACACACCCACCUACAUACAUACGUUUAUAUAUAUAUAUACAUAUAUAUAAAAAUAAAUAUAUAUAUUUUAUAUGUAUAAAAUAUAUAUAUUCUUUUUUUUUAAAUUAACUUUGUAAUGUUAUUGGUGUCUUCACUGGAUGUAUCUGACUGCUGUGGACUUGAGUUGGGAGGAGAAUAUCUCUACUUAGAUCCUGACAGGAGAGAGCAUGGAACGAGAGACUCUGGCAUGGUCUUUUGUCCCUCUUAGGGAGGCCAAGGUCCUUUCCUCUGCCCGGGAACAAUGCAAGGCCAGGGCACGGGGGCAAAUUUGGCUCACUUCUGGGAACAGCGACAAUCCCAGCCCUGGCCCUGAGCCUCUAACCCAAGUCAAAUUGACAGAAAGACAGACGACAGAUACAGGGACGAGGACGCUGGCUCCACCAGGAGUUUGGGGAGCCUCAAGAGAUGGAGUGUUUUGUGGACUCCAGCCACAUGCUGCAAGGACGUCUUGCCCCCGGGGGCACUGCCCGGAAAAGUCUGGAGUCUGGGCAGCCUUCACCUGCUUCCCUCUGCUUCUGAGUCACCUGGGAGACCACUGGCAGGUGUCCUGGUGAAGAGAAGAGUGGCCGAGGCUGGCGAUGGCUCCUCUUCCUGGGACCUGCUCAUCCUCUCCCUGCCCUGCUUCCCGGAGUGCAGCCCAGGUGGCACUCAUGUCCUCAGACCAUUGAAACCACUAGUUCUGUCCCAGGAGACCUGGCUGUGUGUGUGAGUGGUUAACCUUCCCCCUACCUGUCCUUCCCGAAGCACAGAGAGAUGGGCAGAACCUACCUGUCCAUCAUGGAGGCAGAGAAAAAGAGACAAAGUGUUUUAUAUACGGUACUUAUUUAAUAUCCCUUUUUAAUUAGAAAUUAAAACAGUUAAUUUAAUUAAAGAGUAGGGUUUUUUUUCAGUAUUCUUGGUUAAUAUUUAAUUUCAACUAUUUAUGAGAUGUAUCUCUUGCUUUCUCUCACUCUCUCUUAUUUGUACUGGUUUUUUGUGUAUGAGAUCUGUGUUUCCAGUCUCUCUCCCUGAUCGGUGACAGUCACUAGCUUGUCCUGAGCAGAUGUUUAAUUUUGCUAACACUCAACUCUGCCCUUCCUUUUCCCUGGCUCCCCACCACACAUUCCUUUGAAAUAAGGUUUCAAUAUACAUUUACAUACUAUAUAUAUAUUUGGCAACUUGUGUUUGUAUAUAAAUAUAUAUAUAUAUAUAUGUUUAUGUAUAUAUGUGAUUCUGAUAAAAUAGACAUUGCUAUUCUGUUUUUUAUAUGUAAAAACAAAACAAGAAAAAUAGAGAAUCCUACAUACUAAAUCUCUCUCCUUUUUUAAUUUUAAUAUUUGUUAUCAUUUAUUUAUUGGUGCUACUGUUUAUCCGUAAUAAUUGUGGGGGGAAAAAGAUAUUAACAUCACGUCUUUGUCUCUAGUGCAGUUUUUCGAGAUAUUCCGUAGUACAUAUUUAUUUUUAAACAACAACAAAGAAAUACAGAUAUAUCUUAAAAAAAAAGCAUUUUGUAUUAAAGAUUUUAAUUCUGAUCGCAAAGUUCCUUUUGGUCUCUCCUUCUCCAUUGAAUUCUUGUUACAGAUUCCCCACCCCUUCUCUCCUCCCUCUGGAAGCACAACAUUUGUCAGUUCCAGAAAAGGGUCCCUGGUGUGUAGGAUAUGGGGGUGACCCACCUCCUUGUGCUGGGACAGAAUCCUUCCAGUCUGGCUGGGCUGUCCACCCCUGUCUUGAUAUAGAAGGUCAGAGCAUCUUAGCCACGGCUCUGGCAAUGUGUAAGGCUGAUCCAGGCCCCUGGCCCUUGUCAAGGAAGAAACUAGCCAUGGUUCCAGUUGGCUGCCCAAAAGGCAGGCAAGGGCUAGGCUCGGCUAUAAAUCUUACUGGCUACAGUUGGCUAGGAGUGGGAAGGGGGUGCUGCUGGGGGACUGUGGCCCCAGGGUGUAAUUUGCUGUCAUUAAUGAGUGUUGCAGUUCCUUGAGCUCAGACAGAGCCCCACAGCACUGGUUGUCACAGAUGGGAUCCCUGCCCUGCCGUGCUGCAUGAGCCCUUCUCUCCUGUCCUGGGCUUGGGGAAGGUGGACCUUGCCUGUGUCUUUGGCAGUGGAUCCAAAUGAGCAGUGGGUCCAAAUCCACUUCCUUUUGUCACUCGUGCAUUGUAGAGCUUGGGUAAAUAUUGGGCCAGCUAUUGUGCUGUGACCCAGGAUGCUGUUAUGAAUAAGGCAAUUAUACCCCGCAAGGAUCUGGGGAGGGUGAGUAGGUGGGAGAUACAUCCAUUAAUAGAAAAAUGUAUAAAUCCAAAGUAUAAGUCCAUUAAUGGAAAAAUGCUUCAAGUGUCCUGGGGGAGUC